ACCUACCUGCCGGUCGAGAGCUCAGUCGGUGUCCGCCAGGUUGAAAAUCCGUGACUUCUCCCGUUCGUUUCGUCGCGAUUUCUUAAUGUUUCUAUAAAAAACGCGCGAAAAACGUCACCAGAGGAAACGUAAGAUGCAGCGAAGCAUACACUGUUUACGAGUAAUUUCGAUCAAUGUUCGUUAAAGUGUUCGCUAUUUUAAAUUCGCGGUAAACAUUGGUUCCCGGUGCGUCGCGUUUACUUUGUAUUGUCAGAAGCACAUCCGGGCGUGUUUUUCACGUGCAGUCACGAUAACAGUGCACAAGACCGCGCAUACUGAUGUACGCAGGAUUUUACGCGUAUUUAUAAAAGACGAGUGUGUGUGUUUACAUAUGGUGAAUUGUGUUGAACUGUUGACAUCUUGUGACACGAAGAUUUUAAAUCGCAACGAAUUCGUUCAAGAUUCAAUGAUAUUACCGGCUACGUUGUAAACAUGCUCGAGUCGGCCAACAACAUUCGGCGGCAUUAGGUGAUACCGGCAUACACACAUCGACGUAUAUACACUAGCUCAUAGCAGUCAUGGCGAGGACAAGGAUUGCUUGCUUCUGUUGCUUCUUCGUGGUUCUAUGCCUUCGCGAAGUCUCUUCGAAAGCUGGCCUGUGCGAGGUGGAGUCGGGUCAAUCGAAUAUUAUUCUUGACAUCGAGGAGAGCAGAGGAGAUGCGAUCGAUCAGAAGACCGUGCCUGAGGAGCUUCCGGUAUCUGGUGAUCCGUAUAACGAGACCACGCUGGAACUGAUUUUCCCUGGAAGACAGCCUCGUUUCAAAUUAAACGGCAAGAAACUACAGCUUCUGGAACCCUUAGACAGGGACAACGAAAAUCUUUCGCACGUUGUUUUUCAGUUGAGCUGCACUGUAAAGCAGACGAACAAGAAGAGGACGAUACCAGUGAUCGUGCGAGUGUCCGACAUAAAUGAUAAUAAACCAAAAUUCAUCAACACCCCAUAUGAGACUACAGUGCCAGAGUUAACACCAGUUGGUUCUACCAUCUUUAAAAAUGUAGUCGCCGUAGAUGCAGAUGCCGGUGUGAAUGGCAUUGUCGAGUACUCGAUCGCUCCUGGAGACGGAACUAGAAUCGGCAAUAACGAGGGAGUCGGUCGGAAUAGAAUCACGACAGCCGAUGGAUACGGUUAUUUCAGCAUAAACUUACCUCAUCAAGGCCAAGUUACUGUUAAUCGUACUCUCGACUUCGAGAAGACGCAACGAUAUCUCGUCACCAUUUUGGCUUCGGACCGAGCAAGGAAUAUAUCUGAACGUUUCACAUCUACUACCACCUUGACAGUAAACAUUAGGGACGAUGAUGACCAGGAUCCUUCCUUCAUCUACCAAGGUUGCAUGCUCUCGGAUGGAGCUUGCAUUAAUCCUGAAUAUUCAGCAUCUGUAUCGAGUGGAGUGUUAUCCGGAAUACUCAAUAUAUCGCCGGAGAAAAUACAGGCUGUUGAUAUGGACAGUAUAAACGCGCCUAUUUAUUACACGUUCCUCAGUGGCAACCCAUCGAAUUAUCGAGAAUUUUUCGAAAUAAAUCCAAAUACAGGCGCCGUGAAGCAAAUCAAGGCGGUGGACACGACGGUGACCAAGAAAUUCGAUAUCAACAUUAAGGCUGUCGAAGUAUCCGAAGCGAAGCGAUCAGCUACAGCCAAAUUGACCAUUACAGUGAAGCCAGUAGACAGUAAUCCUCCAAUUAUAACGGCAUCAAACGUGGAGGGUUUCGUGGACGAGAAUGCCCCUAUUGGAACAAAAGUUAUUGAUAAAAAUGGUGAUCCUAUAGUGCUCACUGUUUCGGAUGCUGAUUUGGGCCCAGAAGAUCCGAAACCGGCGUACACGUUCGAAUUAACCACCAAUUUCUUUGCGAUCGAUCCGACCGGCGUGCUAAUCAUAAACGAAGAGAAUCUGGACCGGGAUCCUCCGAGUCCAGGCCGUUUCCGGUUUCAAGUGGUGGCCAGAGAAAAAACGGGUGUCGCAGCUUCCGCGCCGUUAUCGUUCGUAGUGACAUUGAACGACGUUAAUGACAAUGCUCCCAUGCUUCCCAUGAUAGCUCCUAUCACUGUUCAAGCUGGAGAAACAAAGAGAGUGGUGACAAAGGUGGAGGCGACGGAUAACGACGAAGGGGAGAACGCCGAGAUAACGUACAGCAUUUAUCACGUGUCGAAUAACGGGUUGCAUAAAUUUAAAAUCGAUCCGAAGACCGGUGUGAUCGAAUCGGUGAGGAAGUUGAACGCUGGCGAACAGUUCAGUAUUACGGUUCAAGCAACCGACAAGGGUGGAAAGUAUUCCCAAACCAUCGUCGAGGUUAACGUAAUCCCUGGACCUAAUACUAGAAGCCCAGUCUUUCAACAACCGGUAUACGAGGUGCAGGUCAGCGAGGGAGCCUCGAUUAAUUCCACGGUCGCAACAAUUACUGCAGUUGAUCCUGAAAAUGAUCCAGUAUCAUACUCGAUAGUUUCUGGUAACGAUCUACGCCAGUUCGCGAUUGGUGAUAAAUCAGGUGUAAUCACUGUUAUAAGGAAAUUGGAUCGAGAAGAUUUAACCCGUUAUCAGCUGCUGAUAAAGGCCGAAGAUUCCGGUGGUCUCUCCAGCACAGCGACGGUAAAUAUCAAAGUGACUGAUAUUAAUGACAAAAAUCCCGAAUUCGUGGAUUUGCCAUACGAAUUCACCGUGAAAGAAGGUGAAGCUCGAAAAUUAAUUGGCCGCGUGCACGCUGAAGAUGCUGAUGAAGGUAUUAACGCUGAAAUCACGUAUUUUGCACCGGACGAUAUCCCAUUCACGGUGGAUCCUGAAACUGGAGACGUGCUGACGAAAAUCGUUCUGGAUUACGAGCAGAAUGAUGAAUACAAGUUCGUGGUAACUGCCAGAGAUGGUGCGCCAGAUUAUCGUCUGGCUACCGCUACCGUUACCGUGAAAGUUAUAGAUGUUGAAGACGAAGUUCCCGUUUUCCAUCAGAGUAGCUACGAAGCCCGAGUUAAGGAGAAUGUGCCCGAUUACACGGUGCUUCAAGUGACGGCUGAUGAUCCGGACACAAAGAAGCAAAUCACAUACAUGAUCAAACAAGGGGACACCGAGCUGUUCAGCAUUGAUCCGAAGACUGGAGUGAUAAAAACCAUCCGUGGUUUGGACUACGAGAGAGAGAAUCAACACAUCCUUAUUAUUGGAACUGUGGAAAAUACCAGUGAUUUGCCUGGUUCUACUACCAAGGUUGUGGUCAAUGUACAGGAUGUUAAUGAUAUUCCGCCAGUGUUCACGUCAGUACCGCGUCCGAUUACUUUGGACGACGACGUUCCCAUCAGUACGACGGUCAUCAAUCUUAUAGCAACUGAUUCCGAUGGCACAGCUCCCGGAAAUCAGGUGAGAUACGAAAUCGUCGGUCGUGGAAUAGCGAACAAGUAUUUCGUGAUUGACCCAGAUACCGGUGUGCUCAGAAUUAGAGACGAUUUGCGUAAGGAAACUGACACUGAAUAUCAGGUCGAUGUUCGCGCGUACGAUAUGGGAGAGCCGCAAUUGUCGUCGGUCACGACAGUGCCGAUUUACGUUCGUCACGUUGCGACGGUGCCGCCGGAAAUCGGCUUAGGAUUCGCAGAAAACUCGUACAACGUCGAUGUGCCCGAGGACGCGGGCGAUAACACGCUCAUCAAGAUAAUCACGGUCAUUAAUAGUCACGCCCACGAUACGACGCCGUUGAAGUGCGAGAUUUACAGCGGCAACGAGAAUGAAUUAUUUGAAGCCAACGUAACGGAGGAACGAAACUGUGCGUUGAGGUUGAAGAAAGGUGCUUUGGAUUUCGAAACGACCGAAUCUUAUCAAGUUAAGAUCAGAUUGGAGUCGCUGUCAGGUCUGCUGAACUCUGGCAGGAAUACAACAAUGGUGAAGAUUCAAGUGCUCGACGUGAAUGAUAACAAGCCAGAAUUCAUCUUCCCAGAAAGUAAUCAAAAGCUAUCCCGAGGGCGUUAUUUCGCAGCGAUACCUAGAGCAGCUCAGUUUACAUCGACUGUGAUCCAAAUAAAGGCUCAUGACAAGGACAAUGGAAAAUACGGGAAACUUGAGUACAAGAUACUCGGAGGAAGAGGCUCGGAUUACUUUGCCAUGGACGGCUUUUCCGGAAUAAUUAGAACCACUGCUACGUUCGACAACGUGGAUCCGGCGGAACUUCCGUUCAAAUUCGAUGUCCGCGUUCGGGACAAUCCUAAUUCGACCGACAACUUUAAUUCAAUCGUCGCUCCGGUCAUUGUCAAUUUGAUUGGCGAGGAGAAUCUAAUGAUCCUGGUGGUUCAAGACGCGUCACCCGAUGUCUUGCAAAAAGAAGCACCUAAAAUUGCUAGUAUAAUUGAAGAGAAGAGUGAUCUGUUGAUUGGUAUUGAUAGAGUUGCUGUGAGGAAGAAUCUGACCAAAAAUGGCACCGUUGAAAUGUAUCCUCAGGAUUCGGAUGUAUGGUUCUACGCGGUUGAUCCAGAUACGGAAGCUAUUUUGGAUAGAAAUAGCUCAAGAAUACAAAGAUCUAUCAUAGAGAAGCCAGCAAUGUCGAAUAUCACUUUCGACGUGUCUACUUUAGUUAGAGCUAACGCCAUCGACAUCCAUGCACCUGUGAUGCCAGCUGAGCCAGUUCGCACGCAAACUGCCAUUGCUUUCAGUGGCGAAGUAUUUCCUUAUGCUUUGAUAAUCAUCGCCUGUGUUAUACUGAUUUUAGGAAUCGCUGGUAUCAUCUACAUCUGCGUCUCUUGGUCCAGAUACAAGGCGUACAAAGAACGAAUGCAACGUAUGUACGUGGUACCACGUUACGAUCCUGUCUACGUGGAACCAAAUUUGAAGGAAUACGAGACACAGGUGCUUCAAAUGAGCGUCCCUGUCGAUGACAACGACAGCUAUAACGAUCUCCAGCUAGAUUUCAGCAAUAAGAAUCACGCGUUCAGUCUGGACAAUGUUAGCUACAUUACCAAAGAAAAUGGGGAGAGUACAGGUCAACAAAGUCCCGUAAGUUCGGAAGCGGCAACCACCGCUCGUGCUUCCAGCAUAGCUGGAACCCAUGGAGACGCAAACAUCCACUCGUUGCGACGAUCCACCCUCGGUAGAAAGAACCACAACAACAGCAAUGCGAACACGAUGAACAACCACGACGCGACGCCGGUUUUGAACCCCCUCUAUAAUCAUGGCAACGAUCUGCUGAAUCCUAGCCCAUCGAACGACAACGUUACCUUCAGGGAGAGGAAGGAUUACUCUCAUCUGGGAUUUACGUAUUUAGGCGAACAGAGCCCUGUGGAGACUACGACGGAAUUGUAAGGGAAGUUACGAAACCGCUGUCGACGUUUCAUGCUCAAUCCGAAACUUUCCGCGAAUUUCGACGCAGCUGAUUUGCUGCGCGUUAACGAGGACUCAACUGUGACUGAUGAUGUAAUUUGGUGGAUGGAAUUGAGUAUGUCGAGAUGGUAUGGGAAUCGUGGAAUUGGAGGAGGCUGUUCAUCGAUUGACGUCAUUGAUGGUCAUUGAGAAGGACAUAGACAGGUAUUCGAAAGUAUUUGAAUAGCAAUAUGUUUGUGUGCAUGGUAGAUAUUUUGUUGAAACGUUAUUAAAAAGUAAAUACAGUAAUACUAUAUUUAUUUAAUUUGUACAGAAUUUGGGAUUUUGGUAUUCACGAAAAUGUAAAUACUUUUUAUUAUGUUGACUCAAAUUGAUUUUAAUGUCAAUAAUCAAUUUUUUUUGUUAUUUUUUUUAAAUUUGUUAUAAGAGUUGUAAUCUAUCUAUUUUAAUUAGAAACAUACUGCGGUUUGAGUACUUUCAUGUGCCUUUUGAGAUUAUUUUUUCACGAACAGAAGAGUUAUCCAAAUGGCACCUGCUGAGGAACAUUUGACUGAUGAUUUCUGUAUUUUCUAAUGCAAUAUUCAAUUUAUAGAUUUAUCUAAUACUCUACGAUAUCAUAACAAAUGUACAGGGUCUUCGAUCAUACAGAGCUGGUAGCAGUCGAGUAUGAAACGUGAGUAAUAAUAUUUUUUUUAUGAAAUUGAAACUGAAAAUUUCAACCUUUUCAUAUUUUUAUUAUUAUAUAUAAAUUUUCGUAAAAAUUUUCCAUCAUUUUAAUAACAAUAUUUGCAAAAGUACCUUAAAUUUUAGUACAUGUUUUGAAAACACCCUUACAUGAACAAAUUAAAAAUCUAAAAGCAUAAACAUCGUACCUUUCAAAAUUUCGUCAAUGAUUAAUAGUUUUCGCGAUAGGUAUUCAACAAAAUAUGUAUAAUUCCAAUAUUUAUUAUUUUUAUCCUUCAGUCUGUAUGGUUGUCGGUUUAAAAAAAAGAGAGAAACUCGCGUCAAAUAUUUUUUUGGAUUUUCUGAAUUUUACCAAAAAUUCAUCAGAAUUGGCAUGUGCCAGUUGGGUAAUCCCCUUGUAAAAAAGCACACCGUAAGCGCGUCGACUGAAAGCAAAUGCCACUGCAUUUCGGAAAAAAGGACGUAACGCUCGUUCGGCGUGACGAAUCUGCAAUUGAAUUGUCGCAACAAAUCAAAUUUUUUACAUCGAAUCUCUGCUGUGCAAUAGCUUGUGACCCAUAAAAAACGAUAUUGCUAGAUCUUAUGAAUUCCACGCGCUCGUGGAAUACGGUAAUACGUGGCUUCUGACGGUGAGUUCGCGCAAGAAUUCCGAGUCACCGUACCCGUCCAAUGUAGCAGUAAGAAUCGACAAAACAAUACAAUUUAUAAAAUAGUAUGAUUCUGUGUGCCUGUGUGCAUGUGUGUGUUACGUGAAAUGUGAACGACCCGUGAACUUAUACGUGUAUAUAGGAUGAUUCAAAAAGAGGAUCUAAGAAUUCAGGAACCUAUAGUAUUCGUCGCAAAAUUAAUUGAAAGGUAAGAAGUUUGAUUAAAAUUAAUACUAAAUUAAAGAUUAAGAUUUCGUAAAUAUUGCUAUAUGAAUAUUUCGUCAAUUUUCUUAAUAAAAAAUGGCUACUUCCUAAUUGCAACAAACAGUGAUCAAUUUUUAAACUUAUAAAGUCUAAUAUAUUUUCAUGACAUAAAAGUAUUAUUAAAUGGCACUUAUGGCAUAUCAAUCUGAAGCUUAAGACUUCCUGAAAGUGGCUAUAUAAACACUUAAUUAAUAUUCUGAACCCUUGAAAUACCAUGAGUACUAUAAGCACCUUGUCUUGCAUGCCCUUUUUUAAACACCCUAUAUAUACAAAAGACCCGCUUGAACCCAUUGUAUAUUAAGACCUUUCUAUUUAUAACUGCGCGUUUGCUCAUAUUAUUUUAUUAUUUUUUAACGAAUAUUCAACGAACGGUAGGCAUCGUUGUGAAAAUACGUGUGAAGAUGUUCAAUACUGAUUUUUCUACGUCCUAGCGUGUCGGACGUUACUUUUCUUUCGUACUUCCUGUCGUCAGCUUCGGAAGACGACAGCUGGCAGUCGUGCCAGAAGAGACAAAUGUGAUUUUGCGAAUUUUACUGCCUGCUGUCUUUUUGACAGCGUUGAAAAAUACGUAUUAUUACUUUGCAGCGAUUUGAAUAAUUGCUUUCUUUACAGAAGAUCUGAAUACAAGUGGAGGAACUUGUUCAUUUUUGUACUUAAUGCGAGACAAUCUAUCGUAAACUUAUUGCGUCCUUUGUAUGUAAGGAAUUUUGUUAAAUUGUUUAUUAAGGUGCGUUACACGAAGAACAAUGCGAUGUAGGAGAAAUUUGAACGAGAAAAUUGCGAGACUUAAUCGAUUAAAUCUCUAGUCGUGUGGCGUGCAACUGAGAUAUUCUACGACAAAUUCGAUUGAGGAGCAAUGUCGGAAGUUAUUGAUUACGUGCAUCGCCAAUUUGUUGACUAGAGCGUUAACAUCUUUUAUCCAUAGUUGCGUGUUGUUUAAGACGAACGAAACACGAAUGCUGUAAAAAUUGUUAAUACCUAAUAAAUCUAUUAUAUUUACAUAAAAA